AUGGCUCUUCUGUUCGGCCAUGAGGUUGUAACUCAGUCGAGCGUGGCUUGUAGGCCGACGAUGGCGCAUCACCGUGCCGAUGCCAGCGCCCUCCUGGACAAUCGGGGUUACUCUGGUCCUCUGAUCCGCGGUGUUAAUCCAGCCACACUCUUCGAAAAGGCCGUUCGCGAUCGCAUCACGGAGUCGUAUUACUGGAAAGAGCAAUGCUUCGGCCUCAACGCGGCAACUCUUUGUGAUCGAGCCGCGGAACUGUCCUACAUCGGUGGAACAUACGGGCUUGCACAGAAGCCAACGCCAUUCCUAUGUUUAGCCUUUAAGCUGCUCCAGCUUGCACCAGAGAAGGAUAUAGUGCUAGAGUAUUUGAACUUUCACGACCCGGAAAAUGGCCAUGUUGAAGGUAGUGAAAUGAAUGGGUCGGAGGGGGAACAAGGUGGUGCUAGUGGUGUAGUUAAAGCUGUUGGGGAUUUCAAAUAUCUUCGUGCCCUAGCAGCGUUUUAUAUCCGGCUGACCUUCGAUGCUGCGGAUAUAUACAAGUCUCUCGAGCCUUUAUUGACUGAUUACCGGAAACUCAAGAGGAGGAUGAAGGACGGUUUUGUAUUGACGUAUAUUGACCAAUUUGUCGACGACCUGCUGACAAAGGACCGUGUUUGUGGAACGAGUUUGUGGAAAUUACCCUCUAGACAUCAACUAGAAGACCUCGAUAUUCUAGAAGAAAGGAUCAGCCCAUUAGCGGCCGAGCUGGAAGAUAUCGAUGGAGAUUGA